AUGGAUAAGUUUCUUCUCAAAAGAAAGGCCACAUCACAAGUUACUCCAGAAGACAUAAAUUGGGAGGAGGAGAUUCAAUAUGACCCAGGCAAGAGGAAACUGAUAGAACAUUAUCAUCCAAAUUUGAAAGAUCUGGUAAGAAGAAAAUACUUGCUUAAUGGACCUUGUCAGCCAAAGGAUGUUGAUUUUCCAUAUUCAAGUUUUGGGGCUAAGAGGAGAAGAUUCAAUCCUGAAUGGUAUAAAGAUCAUGGAAGUUGGCUUGAAUACAGCGAAGAGAAGAAAAAGGCAUAUUGCUUUUGUUGUUUUUUAUUUAGGGAUCGCAGCCACAAGAAAGAAGCUGGGUAUGAGGCAUUUGUUCUGAAUGGUUGGGAUACUUGGAGCAUUCCAACAAGGCUAAAAGAUCAUGUUGGUGAGCCAGGUAGCGUCCAUGAUCAAGCAAUGAAAAAAUGUACUGCUUUACUAAAAAGAGAUCAACACAUUGAUGUUGCUAUGCAAGUCCAUGAUCAAGCUUCGAAGGUUGCAUAUUUUACUCGACUAAAUGCAUCAAUUGACACAGCUAGACUACUGUUAAAGCAAGGGUUGCCUUUCCGCGGCCAUGAUGAGUCAAAGAACUCGCAUAAUAAAGGGAAUUUCUUGGAAGUUCGUGACUUCUUAGCUGAGCAUGAUCCAGUUGUUGGCAAGGCUAUGGGAAAAGAUGCUGCACAAAAUGCUCUUAUGGUUGCUCCUCAAGUCCAGAAAGAUAUUUCUGAAGGUUUUGCGCAUGUGAUAGUCCAAUCUAUUCUCAAAGAAGUUCACAAUAAUGUGUUUUGCUUGCUUGUUGAUGAGUCUAGAGAUGUCUCUUGCAAAGAACAAAUGGCUGUGGCCUUGAGGUAUGUUGAUAGUUCUGGAGAUUCUAAAGAAAGUUUUGUUGGUCUUGUUCAUGUGAAAGAAACAACUUCUUCAUACCUCAAGAGUUCAAUUGAUUCUCUUUUUGCAAAAUAUAAGCUGAGCUACAAUCAAGUUAGAGGACAAGGAUAUGACGGUGCUAGUAACAUGCGAGCAUUGCAACGGAAGGAUCAAGACAUAGUGAAUGCCAUGAAAUGUGUCCAGUCAACUAGAACAGUUCUGGAUGAACUUAGAGAAAAUGGAUGGGACACUUUGGUAGGUGAAGUUCAUGUGUUUUGUGAGAAACAUGAUAUUAUAGAGUUUGACAUGGAAGAAGCAUAUGUGAAUCCAAAAAAGAGAAGGCAGAUAACUGGAAUUACCAACAAACAUCACUAUCAAGUUGAUUGCUUCAACGAUGUUUUUGAUUGGCUAGUUCAAGAGCUUGACAAUAGGUUCAGUGAGACAUCCUCUAACUUGCUUGUUUGGUCAGCAGCUUUGAGUCCAAGAGACUCAUUUUGUGAUUUCAAUUUGGAGAAUCUUAUGAGUUUGGCUAACUUAUACCCUCAGGAUUUUGAUUCCGGGGAUUUGAGGGAUCUUGAUAAGGAUCUACGGCUCUAUAUUGCUGAUGUGCGCACAGAUGAUAGUUUUUCCAACAUAGCAACAAUCACCGAGCUUUCAAAAAAAAUGGUGCAGACGAGGAGGCAUAUUAUGUACCCUUUGUUCUAUCGGUUGUUGAAAUUAGUAAUUGUGUUGCCUAUUGCUACUGCUACAGUUGAGAGGUGUUUCUCAGCAAUGAAAUUGGUCAAAACUUGCUUGCGCAAUCGCCUCAACGAUGACAGCUUGAGUGAUGAUGUUAUUUGUUAUGUGGAGAAGGAAGAAAUGAAAAAGGUCACCAAUGAUCAAGUGGUUGAGUAUUUCAUGGCUCGAAGGAAGAGAAUGUACUAA